CUGGCCUUAGUCGUUAUGGCCCGGGUGUCGCCGCCGGUGUUUUCCGUGUGGGGAAAUAGCUCCUUUCGUCUCCGGCCUAAAGCCGGUAGCGGCGUGAGGAGCCUCCUCAGAGCGGAGGGGCGGUUUCUGGCCUCUCGCUCGCCGCCCUCAGGGAAGUAUUCAACAUUAAUUAAAAUGUCUUCCACCAAACCUCCAAACGAAAAUGAAAUACCCAAAGAGAGGAAACCAGGACUCAGGAGUGUUCAAACAACUAUGCUUUUCCGAGCUGUGAACCCAGAGCUUUUCAUUAAACCUAACAAACCUGUGAUGGCAUUUGGACUCAUAGCAAUUAGCCUCUGUGUGGCCUACCUUGGUUAUUUGCAUGCAACAGUAGAGAAUAAAAAGGACCUCUAUGAAGCAGUCGACAGUGAGGGGUCCAGGUAUAUGAGGAGGAAAACUUCCAAGUGGGACUGAGAACAUAAGGAAGGAAAUCAGCAAAUGACUCCCAGAACUUUUCAAGGCAACUGCUAUUUUUUUCUCUGUCCAUUGAAAUAAUGAAUAAAUGUCCCUCUUGCUAUUUAAUCCAAUAUAAGUUCCUUUAUAAAAUGCUGUGCCUGUACAAAUAAAUUGCAAUUAAGAUACAUGGAAACAUAAAAGUGAUUUUAAGAA